GUGAAGUAAGCUUGGGAGGAUAUGUAGAGCGACAGACCCAGGAAAAGUUUAACAGUUUAUCCAAGGCACAGGUUAGGCUUUCAGUUCGAUUCAUUUUGCUUUAUUGGCACGACAUUGUUGCCAAAGGAUCGAUGAAUAUAUGCCAAAUGUGAUUACAGAAAAAAACAAAUGUAUCAUUCAUCAAAGAAAAAGACAAAAUAAAUAAACAAUAGAGAAUAGGAGGCAGGUUGUCAUUUAUAUAUUGACAUUGAUUGAGUAAAGUGAGUUGCCAACAAAAUACAUUUUUAUCGACAGUGAUCUGUUGAGGAAAAAAACCUGAGAAAGAUCAAUGGUCUCAGCUUGGACCUACCUAUGAGGACUAUCUGGCUCCCCUACUGGUUCUCCCUCUCCUCUCCAUGCUGGAUUGUGUCGCGUUGGAGGCGUGCGCGCUGGAGAUGCCGUGCGUAAGGUGUGAUGCAGCAGACGCAGAUUAAUUCACUGGAGGUAAAUACAUUUUUACUCACUUUCUCUUCAGGAUGGCGCUGGAGUUUUCACCACAUCAGCUGCAAAGAAAAGAAAAACCCAAUAAGAAGCACAUGCCAUAACCUGACAGCUGUGAAGAUGCGCGCACAGACGCACUGAGACUGCGGUAAAAGCGGCUGCUCAUGCUCCAUGCUCCGAGCUCCUCCUCUGACGGAAACUUUAAUUCAUUUGAAUAAGAUUAUGGAAUGUGCGAUGUAGCGUGUAACUGACACGAGGGAUAAUCUCACGAGAGCUCGUUCAGGCUGCAAGCAUCCAUCCAGAAGCGACGUUCCUUCGAGCAGAGGGAGGAAAACGCAGCCUCCAUUGCCUCCAUCCGCAUACAUAGACGGUGUAGACGCAGCGGAUCGGUUCCUCAGGAAACCCGGGCGACACCUCGCUUUGGACUCUGUUAUGCUCGACUGUGAAACUAACAGUCGGCCAGCGAAGCAACCCGGAGUUCUCUCUUUCACAUGGGCGAAGACGAGGAGCGGUUCUGCGCCUCUUCACGCCGCAGAGGACACGAAGAAAACGGAGAGAACGGAGCGUCUCCGGACCCGGACAGACAGAGGAGGUACACGGAGCUGUUCGAGCAGCUGGACUUGAAUAAAGAUGGCAGGGUGGACAUCAGUGAGCUGAGGACCGGCCUGGCAGCUCGUGGUUUACACCGAGGAGAGGCUGAGGAGAUCGUCCUCGAGAGCGACAUCAACCAUGACGGUUUACUAGACUUCCAGGAGUUCUCUCAGUACCUGCGUGCUCACGAGAAAAGGCUGUGGCUAAUGUUCCACAGUUUGGACCGCAACAAUGACGGGCGAAUCGACGUGGGAGAGAUCCAGCACUCACUACGCAAGCUUGGAGUGGAUGUUACAAUGGAGCAGGCCUCCAGAGUACUGCAGAGCAUGGACAAAGAUGGCACUAUGACCAUUGACUGGAAUGAAUGGCGCGAUCACUUCCUCUUCAACCCUCUCCACAACAUGGAGGAAAUUGUUCACCACUGGAAACACUCCCAUAUGUUUGACAUUGGGGAACAUCUGACAGUGCCAGAUGAGUUCUCAGAGCGGGAGAGGCGAUCAGGCCUGGUGUGGAGGCAGCUGGUUGCUGGAGCCAUGGCGGGGGCGGUCUCCCGGACAGGAACUGCUCCUCUGGACCGCCUCAAAGUCUUCCUGCAGGUACACGGCUCUUCUUCUCGGGGGAUUAAUCUGUGGUCCGGCCUUAGGAAUAUGGUCCAGGAAGGAGGCGUCUUUUCACUCUGGAGGGGCAAUGGUAUCAAUGUCCUAAAGAUUGCCCCUGAAUCUGCCAUUAAGUUUAUGGCCUAUGAACAGAUCAAGUGGCUGAUCCGGGGCAGUAAAGAGGGUGGCAGUUUAAGGGUACAAGAGAGGUUCAUUGCUGGUUCUCUGGCUGGAGCAACUGCCCAGACCAUCAUCUACCCCAUGGAGGUGCUGAAAACUCGUCUUACAUUAAGGAAGACGGGGCAAUACUCAGGUAUGGCUGAUUGCGCUAAACAGAUCCUGAAGACGGAGGGCGUCCGAGCUUUUUACCGAGGCUACCUACCAAAUACACUGGGCAUCAUUCCCUAUGCUGGCAUCGACUUGGCUGUGUAUGAGACUCUGAAGAACGCCUGGCUCCAGAGGUACUGUGUAGAUUCUGCAGACCCAGGAGUUCUGGUCCUGCUUGGCUGUGGUACUGUGUCCAGCACAUGUGGCCAGCUGGCAUCUUAUCCCCUCGCUCUCAUACGGACACGCAUGCAGGCACAAGCCAUCACUGAGGAUAAACCCAAGCUGACCAUGGUGGGCCAGUUCAAAUACAUCAUAUCUCAUGAAGGUGUACCGGGCCUUUACCGAGGCAUCACCCCCAACUUUCUGAAAGUCAUUCCUGCUGUCAGCAUCUCGUAUGUGGUCUAUGAGCACAUGAAGAAGGUCCUCGGAGUGGGAUACUAGACUGAGACAACUAAGAAGGACAAAAACAACCAGUGAAAGCAAAUGAACAUUGUGCUUGAGGGAAGAAGCCGAAGAGAGGUGAGGAUAAAGCUCCUCAGACCGCUGAAGAAACGAAACAGAGAGGGGUAUUUUCUGUUUGUAGUGUAAUUAAUCCAAAGCACACAGGCACACAUGAACGCUGAUGUAGCUGAUAAUAACUGACAGUGUUUGAUAGAGGGUCACAUAAUGUUGAGAGAUACCAGGGUUAAGAUUCCUCGAACAAUUUUCAGAACAAGAAAACCCUGCAUAAAGUAUGGAAAACACAAGGCUAUGGCAUGCUGUUUCAACAUUUAACAGCUGAGUCUGACUAUCUCAAAUUAAAACCACUGAAUUCAAGAUAGUUGUCAGACUAAUAGUGGCCGAUAUCUCAAAUGUCAUUAUGACAAGUCUGAAUUGUUCUGCAUGAUGCUCCUCAUGUGAGACUUCCAAUUGGAUAUUGAUCCAAAACCAAAGCAAAACAUUUGAACACUGUCAGCAGAAGUAAUGGCAGCCACUGUUGUGGUAAGGAUAGUUAGAAAAUGCUGUUAAAUAGGAAGAGCUAAUUAGACAGAAGGUUGUGGAGAACGAGAGAUUUGUUCAUCAGAGAGUUGUGGUUGAAAUUAUUGAGAACUUCAGCCUCAUGCAGCGUUGACAUGAAGAUGAAACUGCUUGUUAUAUGUGGUUACGGUUCCAGUGCCAUAGUAGUAGUUGUUGUAACUUCUUAUGCAAAGACAGAUUUUUGCAAAAUUAUUUGGCCAACUUGCAAUAAUUUUGGCAAUUACAUCUUGACAAAGCAGAAUCCCAGUUUGAGAUUCAUACAACACAAUUCUGACCAUUUCAACCUUCAUGUAAGAUCUAUAAAGGAUAAUGUAGAUAUCUUGAAUUGAGGAGAAUUUAAGAUAUCUUGACCUAGAAUGAUGACUUGAAAUGGUAGGUAUCUGAAUCUGGAAUUACAACUAGUCAUAUUUAUAUCCAUUACAAUAUUGAGGUGAACAGUAAUUACCUUCUUCACAUUAUAAUAUACAAGUAAUGUGUCCAUUUUCUUGUUUGGUCUACAUAGAGAGGUGCUGCAUGAUGUAAAAUUAGCGUUGCAGUAACAUUUUGCAGAUCCAGUUUUUGACUUUUUAACAGUCUGGCCUGUAUUGCAGCUUGUUUUUGCUGGAACAUUCAUUGAAAUGAGGGAAUUGGAUGUUUUUAUGCAGUGCAAAUGUGGAGGUGAAUACAUCCUUCAAAUUUAAAUUUUAAAUAUUGCUAAAUUAUGAUUGGUGCUCAGAGGGAACUUGUCAUUGCAUAUUUCACUUCUGAACAGUGAAAAGGCACUUCCUCUUAUGCCUGGGUAGGUGCUUCUUUGUGAAAAAGACUGAAAUUUUUUACUUAAUUUUGCAUCUCUGCAGUCAUUAGCUGUCAUCUUGGUUGCAGGUAGGAUAAUAAUGUUGCACCAGGGUUUGUGCCGCCGUACAGAUUCUCCCUCAGAAAGACCAACAUCUUAUUCCAGGCAUCUUCCUGAUUCUUGUUCAGAUCAAAAAGUAGAGAAAGAAAAAACCUUUUCAGGAUUUUUAGGGCUUCUAUCUGGCAGUGGAAACUAGGAGUUUAAGAUUAAUGUAAUUUUUUUGGUCUUAAAGUACAUACAGAAUGCCAUCAGUUAAAGUGAGUUUGAUAGAAGCAGCAAGGAGAACUCCUAGUCUCCUGGAACAGCUGUUGGCAAUUGCUGUCUCAAUGAAUUAUAUUUAGACAGCAAUCUAACUUUUUUUAAGCUUAUUUCUAUGUUUGCUCAUGUAACCAUGGCUACUACAGAGAAUAUACCAAGUACAAAUACAGGAGCUAAAUUUUCUGGUUGAUGUUCCCUGCAUUAUGCAACCCUGCACCAGCAGUGGAUAAUAUACAGAUGGUUCUUCUCAUGCUGCCAAAGAGGCAUAGAUUCCAGGUAUCAAGAUGUUAGCAGCAGAUCCUUUAGGUCCAGGAAGUUGUGAGUUGGAGCUGCCAUGACUGACAGACCCUACACAUUAGCACUGGUCCUUAACCCCAGUCAUAUAGCCAUAACGAUUUAGGCCAUCUCUCACAUCACAACAAGUUGACUCCCUGACCAUCCAGUUCAUCCCAGACCUUGACAUGCACUGUUGUUGUGAGAUAAACAGUGUUAUUCUCCUCAAUUCUUAGGGAUAUUUUGGCUCAUCUGUGCAUAAUUGCGUAAACCUGCAGUAGCAUCAAAGUGAUUUUCUAGUCUGUGCCAAUAAGCAUUGUAGACCAUUUUAGUUAGUUUAACUUGCAGGUUAAAAAUAUUGCUAUCCAUUUGCUCUAGUUUGAAUAAGAGACGGGGCUCCUGAGCUACAGAAACCAAAUCUCAAACAGUACGGAGACAUGGCUCUAAAUUGCUUCAUAAGCAGCCCUAAACUUGCAAGUCCUCUUUGUAGAAUAUGUUGUGGUGAGAUGAAAUAUUUCCAAUAUAAGGCCUCAGGUAUUUUGCACAAUACAAUCUCCUUGUUUCCUGUGGUCAUUGCAGUUGAGCAUAAUAUAAUAUUCCUUGAACAAUAUGAUACAUUUUCAGUUCAACAGGAGUGAAGCCAGCGGCACUAAACCAGCAACUGAUGGAAAUGCUGCCUCAUGCCAGAGUCCCAAAACAUGUUGGUACCCCAAAACAAGUGCAUCUACUCAAUGGACUUUUCUAGACAAUCUUUUAAUGUGCUACAGAAACGUUGCAGUGUUUGUCUGGGAGUCCAGCUUGUUGCUACCUCUGUCUAACCCGCAGUGUCUCACUGCAAACCAUGAUUUUAAAAAGCACUGAGAAGUGAAAUUAGCCCAAGAGGUGUUAGGUACUUGGACAGGAAGACACUGGAGUUGAAGGUUGAGGAGGCACUCCUUGAUUAAUAAAAUGUUCCGCCCAAAUAGUUAAAAGGCUCUGGGUGUAGGGUGGAAGUAGUUACUCAUGAUAUGAGGUGAAAGUAGUCUCUAGUUACAUGAGGUGGCUUUCCUCUGUAGAAACUUGGACUAGGCAUGAGGUGGAUGACCUGGUGCAGGAACAAUUUGAGCUGUGCUAUUUCAAUUGCACCCUAAUGAGGAUUAAGUGGUGUAUAGACAAUGGAUGGAUGGAAGGAUUUCAACUGUAGUGUUGGAUCCAGCAACUUUGAACUCUAACAUUAACUCUGAGCAAUGAUGAAACAAGGACAUAUAGUAGUUAACAGAUGCUCAGUUCUAUGAGCAUACAGGAAACAGAAUAAUGGAGGUUUGUUAUGUUAGUUGAUAUGGUAAAGUUACAUUGAAGAUGAUGAUGUUAGAAAACGGAGUGCUGCUACUUUUUGAGGACAUGGAGAAUGCAGAAAAAAUGGCACUUGUUGUCGUCUCCGAGUUUCGCAUAUCAGUGUUUGUCUUUUCCAAGGGCAACCAAUCAACUUCAAGACCUGAACAGCAGUUUUUCUGUAGUAGUUAUUAUUCUCUCUCCUAGAAACACCCCUGAAAAAGAUUCCACAGGGAUGGUUCUCAUGUUCAGAACAUGCUCUAAGGCCCGCAAGUUUCUGCUGUAAGUAGAAAACGGCUCAUAGUGACUGAAAAGGUACAAGCUAUACAUGUCAGAAAGCUAAUUUAUCUGUCCAUUACUGUAAUCCAUCAAUGUUUAGCUCCAUCUGCUGACAGAAAGUAACUAUAACUUUGCUGUAAGUGAUUACUGAAAAAAGCUAGUUAAGGGUUGUGCAAAAAAUUUAAAGAGGUGAUUGGGGUUAGUAUCCAAUUUUAAAAAUAUCUGGAAAAUAUUGGUCUGUCCAUACCUUUUCCUGUUAAGACCUUGUCACAUUCAAUCAGUAUGUACAAAAAAAAGAAGAAGAUUGAUUUCUGAAAUAAAAUAAAUGCAUGAUACUAAAAUAUUAAGAAUACUUAGAGCAACUAAAAGCCACUGAAAACAUAGAUAAUGGGCGUGGUACUUCAGGAUCAGUACCUUCAGAGGUAAAAAAAAAAAAAAAAAAAAAACAGGAGUAAAGAUGGGGCUGCUGUGAUUACCACGUUUGCCACGAUGAAAUGAGAAGCCUGCAUGUUCUGUGAGCAUUACUGUAUGGUAUUUUCUGUACUUUCUUCCCAGGACACUGGAGUUUAGCCUAAACAGCUUAACCGCAAGGGUCAGAAUAUGAGGGAGGAAUUAACUGCAAUUUCAGGAGAAAUGAUGGAUAUCUGUGCAUGAUUGUUCUUUUUUAAAUCAUAUUUAGAUUUAUCUUAAAUUUAAGCAGCACAAAAACAUUCUAUAGUUGUUUAUUGCUACAGUUCGGAAAUAGCUGCAUAUAAAAUAUGAAGAUAGUGGUGUUACACUACUACUGAAUGUCAAAAUUUGCAUUGUAGGCAUAGACAUACUGUAUAUUUUCUAUAUUAUUUUGCUUAUGAAUGCCUAUAUCUCUAAAAAAAAAUAUUCAGUUUUCCUCCCUUGCAAGCGUACUUGAAAUGAUGAAUGCUUGUUGCCACUGGGGCCUUGCAAGGAUGACAUAUAAUAUUUUUAAAGCAUGAGUGCAUGUUUCGAAGCAUUUUGUGAACCAGCUAGCGCCACUGUGUGAGGACUGUUUUGUCUUUUCUUUUACGAGCUUUUUUACUCAAAAAUGACAGAACUGCUGCAGUGUACGUUUGAUAACGAACAUAAAGAGCUUUCUAGUUUUGAUAAAUCAUCUGUGUCAUUUGAAUGUGUAUUGGAACUUUACAUGACAUUAAAUCUGUGACACUGUA